AUGUUUAUGAAAAGUAUAAUGAAAGGCAAAAUGCCAAAAACUCAGGAGGAAAUGAUAUAGGAUGAGCGAUAAUAUUAAGAAUCGAAAAAGUAAAAAUUCCAAAUAACAGAUGAUUUAAUUAGAGCUGUAAAUAGAAAUGUUGCCCCUAUUUUAGUCGAUCUAAAGCUUAAAUAAAAGGAUGGAGAUGAUUAAGAUUUGGAUCUUAAUUUUAAUAAAGAAGAUCUUAUUGAUAUGGUUAAGAAUGUUAAUCAAUAUGAAGAUGUUAAAUUAGUUCAAUAAAAAAGUAAAAUAGAUUAUGAUUAGAUCUAGUAGUAAUAAAAGAAAAAAAAGCCUUAAGAAAUGACAGAUCAAGAAAUCAUGAAGCAACUUUAGGAAAUAGCUAAUACGAGAUUAAGAGCUGCAAAUAGUAAUUACUUAAAUUUGUUUGGUGUGGAAAGAUCUAGAUGUACUAUGCCUUAAUGCUAGAAAAUUUGUCCUUAAUAUAGAGGUAGUUAUAAUAUCAAACCAUAUCAAGGUGUUGAAUUAUUUUCAUGUAUCAAUUGCAAAUGUCCAAUGAAUUCACAUGAAAUUCCUUUAAAGUAAGACUCAUUCUCUAAUACACUAAGUGAAGAGCUUUCAAGCAAAUAUAUAGAAUCGACUCACCUCAAUUUUAAGUCACUUGUUGCACUCUUUUUAGUAUGGCCGUAAGAAGAAGAUAAAUAUAUUAUGAAUAGCAACAGAAUACCAGAUUUCAUCAAACAAAGAAAAAAACAUUAAUAAAAUUAAACGAUUUAUAGUGCCAAUUUAGAAAAGCUAGUUCAAAUAUUUAAUGAAGGAAGCUUUGAUAUAUUAAGCUAUUAUGAUUGCUCACCUACGCAAUUAUAUGAUAAAUUAGUUGAGAAGAAAAUUUUUUCUAUUAAAAAGCCAGUGCCUAAACAAGAAAUUGAUAGUUACUUGGCUUUUAUCAAGUCGUUUUAGAAAGCUGAUCAUUCUUCGAAGUCACAUAAAAGCACUGAGAAUAAAAGAAAUUUACUUAAUAAUGAAAGAGAUUUAUAGAAAUUUUAGCUUUACUAGCGCUACAAAGAUAAAAUAUAAGCAAAAUUUGAUAAAAUGUCUCAUAGCCAAUAAAAAGAUAUUGAAUAAGCCAAAGUAUAUGUUUUAUUAAUUUCUUCUAAAUACUAGAACCCAUACACACAGUUUAGAAAGUUCUUAGUUGCUUCUAAAUAAAGUAUUCCUAAUGAGUUCGUGUAUUAUUAUUCGAGUAAAUAUAAAUACAAGGGUAUAAUCGAUUGUUAGCAAUUCUUUCCUGACUUUUUUAAGAUAAAUUAUUAAACUUUUGUUCUUGCUCAACACAUACCUAAAAAGGUUCUUUUAUAAUCCAGAGCAGAUGCUACUAUUUCUGAUGAGAAGAUGAAAAUCAAAGAAGAAGAAAUCAGAAAUAGAGAAGUUAAAAAGAAUGAUGAUAAGCUAAGAGACUAUUUAGACUUUAACAAUUUUGUUGUUAUUGAGGAGGAUUUCUCUAAAUAAUAAUCAAAAUUAGGGCAAGCUUUUGAAUUUAUUGACGAUGAAGAAGACAGCAGAGCUUAAUUCUUUAAAUUUUGUUAAGUAGGUGCAAAGUCACUGAAUAUAAAAAUUUGUGCUAAGAUUGGUCCUCCAACUUAUACUACAAUAGGAGCUGAAGCACCAAAUGUGUAUAGGAUUACAGAUGAAUAUGAUAAUGAAAAUAUAGCAAAUAAUUUGUGUGAGGAUAUGAGCUAAUCGUAGAGAGUAGCAGUUGUUUUAAGACCUAUAAUUGUGAAUAGUAAAAUGGAUGAAAUUUUGAUUAAUAUAUUCAGAAUAAAUGACUUCAUCGUUGUAAAUAGAGUCUUCACUCUCUUAACUCUAGAUCAAGCAAAGUUGCUUGCCAAGCUAGAAGGUAUCAGUGACUCCAACAAAGAGAAUUACAUUAGCAUGAUGCGUGAAGGUAUUGUGCAAAUUAUCCUUCUAACUAAGCCAGGAGGUGUUAAAUAAGUAUAAGUUCUCUCUAAUGGAUGCAUAACUGGACUUAAGCUUCAAAAAACCAAUUACUUAGAUGAAUUGUUCGUUUUACAUGAAUAAAAUGGUGUUAUUUUCAAAGAAAUCAUUCAAAAAAAUUUCUUUAAUGUCUUUUAAAGUUACACAAACUUAAAUAUGUUUUCAGGAAUUAAGGAGUUCUUUAAUUUAGAAAAAUUGAUCUUCCAAGAUUAAGCAAACGAAGAUGAUGAUAGUGGUGGACUUUUUAUAAACUAAUAGACAAAAGAAGUCCAUUUUGAAGGUAAGUAGCAAGCAGUUGUUAACUUGGGCAAGCACUUUACACCUAUUAAGAAAAACUAAAUUAUUGAUGACAUCAAUUAAGAAAGAUUCAACUUCUUUUUGUACUGCCCCAAAGAUGAGCUUUCUACUGAAUAAAUUGUUAGUGUUUUUAUGCCUGAAUGUGCAAACAUCUAAUUAAUACAUAUAGUACUGAAACCUCAGUAUAUUUAAUAUGAAAAAGAAGUUAAGUAGCAACUUUUAAAGCUAAAAUUUAAAGUUUGGAAUAUUAAGAAGUUUUUAAUACCAAAUGCUCAUGAUGCUAAGCAAUUUGUGGAUUCUCUUCAAGUUAUUAAAAAUGCUAAUUCACGUGGCAUAGAAACUUCAUAUAAUACUGAAUAGUUUGCUAUUUUUUCUUGUGUUAAGCCUGCAGGUAGAAAAGAGAUGCUUUCAUUUCUUCAAGAUUUUAAAAUAGAAUAUGUAAAGGGUGAAGUUACUGAGCCUAUUAUAGCAAACAGUUUAAAAUCCAUGCUUAUUCCUUGUCAUACUGACUAAGCUCAUGACCUAGCUUAGCAUUAUAUUCAUCCAAAACUUAGGAUUUUUAAUGGGUAAGAUUUUUCAAAUAUGUCAAUUGAAGAGAAGGCUAUUUGUGCCAAAUACAUGUUAGAAUCUACAUUUGCCACCGGAAUAUCAGUGAAAAAAAAGAAGGUGACUGAUGCUGGAGAAAAUAAUAAAGAUAAAACUCAAUCUGGCAGGGUUGAUACACAGUAAUCUGAAGAAUAAGAAGGCUAGCAAAAAUUAAUAGAUGAAUAUGACAUUUAAGAAAAGCUAAUUGAUAAUCCUUUAUAUCCUCAAGAGUUUAAACAUUUUGUAAUUAAAUCAGAAGAUUUAGGUUACUUUGAAGUGCGCAUUCACGAUCCUCUUAGUUUGAAACCUUAUGAAAUAAAUUACAUUAGAUUAUCAUAAAAUUUCAAAUUAACUUCUUGGUAUUACAGUUUGAUUAACUAGUAAUAUAUGCAGAGAUGUCCAUUAAGCUAUUAGUUUAGGAUGAUGCCUGACUAUAAAGAUUUCGAAAUAUAAUUUAGAAAUAAGGCUUAUAAUAAUUUACCUAGUCAUAUUUUUGAUGUAGCUGAGUACUGUGGUGGUUUCUUCCUUGAAACUAUUGCUGAUUAGAUGAAACUUUAUAGAAAAUAUGAAUUGACUGAAUAGCAGUAGUCUGCAAUGAGGAGAAAUAAUAUUAAUAGAGGAUCUGUUGUUACAUAUAUGUGGGGAAUGAAAUUAGCAAAAUUUGUUAAGGAAAUGGAAGAUCUAGAAUUCCCUUAAAUUGAUGGAUUUGGGGCAAUAAUAUGUGAUCUUUAAGGUUAAUUCAGAGGAACAUUUUAAGAUAAUGAUGAACUAGAGGAAAAUUUAAUGCAAAAGUAUAGGGAGAUAUUAGAAAAAAUUAAAAAGUAAUUAGAAGCUAAUAAAACUGAUAUGAAAUUGAUGAAUAGAAACAAUGAUUCAGAAAGCAGAUCUUAGAUGAUAGAAAGGAUCAAAGCAAAAAUAGGAGAAAUCUGUAAAAGCGAAGUGUUCAAAUAGAGCAGAUAAAAAGACAUGAGAAGGAUAUUCCCAUCUUUUGUAGAGAAUGAGCAUAUUAGAGUUAGAGUCGAUAAUAGAUAAAUUUAUAAGCGCUAUCUAAAUCAGGAUUACUAAACACAGGAUGAAUUUUUUGAAAAUAGAGAUCAAAGUAUUGAUCUCAAGCCUGAUAUAAAAAAAUUGAAUGGAAUUAUUAAGGAUCUAUUAAAUUUAGAGAGACUAGAAACUGAAAAUAAAUUUAACAGUGAGAGCUUGAAAAAAAAAUUGAAGGAAGAGGAAACAACUUUUGACAUGGUUGAUAUUGAAAAACGUUUAUAGUUUUUAGACGAUGAUUCCUAGAUUACUUUUUUAAUUGAUUAAAUUACAACGAAAAAGAACAAAGUUUUAAGAAUCUUAAAGGGACUUGAAAUUCUUGAAGAUGAGGAAAAGAAAAGGUUGAAGUAAUAGUAAAGACUUUUAAAUUAAAAUAACAAACAAGCAGUAGAAAUUGAAAAUAAUGAAGAAGAUGAUGAAAACAAAUUCACAGUUAAGAAGUACUUGAAUCGUUUAGAUGAUAUCAAUAAUUUUAUGAAUAGAUUAAACGAGAAAUAUAAUGGUAAAAAUGGUAAAUUUAACAUAUAAGCUGCAAGAAGAAUCAACACAUUUUGCUUUUCUUAUGUAGUCCCAGAAAUAAAAUCUAAAUACUCGUUGGUAGCAAAUAUUUUCUAUUUGAUAGAUGUGUAGUUUAAGUCAAUAUCUGCCAAAUAUCAUUUGACUAAUAAUGAUUAAGAGGAGUAUAGACAACUCAUCACAUCAUUAGAGUCAGGUUUCAAAACACAUUACAAAAUGGAUGAUCAAGAUAUCAAAUACUUGAGAGAAAAGUAUCAGGACUCAAAACUCGUAAACAGAGAAAGGAAGUCUCACAUCCCUGAUUUUAUAAAGAUAGAAUAAUUUUUUAUAUACCUUGCUUAGAUGGAAAGAAACCUAUCAUUAGUAGAAGAGAAAAGCAAUAUUUUCACAAGAAUAUUAGAUGAGAAACAAAAAGAGAUCAAAGAAUUCAAAGAAAAAAUGGCUACAGGAAAACCGGAUGAAAGUGAGUGGAGAAAAAUAGAAUAAAAAUGGGAGCCCUUGACAGAAAAAAUAAUGAGCGAUAAAAAACAAAUUGACUAGCAAAUCAUGAAACUUUUGGAUGAAUUAGACAAAUUUGAAACUGAUUUCAGCUAUGAAGAGAGCAUGAAUUAAGAAGACUAAAAUCAACCAAAUAGAAAAAUUUAAAUUAAAAAAGAUCACUUGUUUGUAAGACCACAAGGAGAAUAAUUCUCAAAAUAUAUCAACGAUCCCACUUAUGAAAAGUUCUUGGUAGAUAUUUUAGAUAUUCCAUAUAAAUUUGAUCCUGCAGAAUAAAAUCCGAACAUGAAAUCUGUAGUAAAAAAUAGAAGACUACCCUUAUUAGAAAAAUAUGGAGACAAAGAAUUUUUAUAAGAUGCAAAUAAAGAUGUUUUAUAAAAGACAUGGCUUAAUAAAGAACCUCUUCUUAUUAGUCACAUGCGUCCUGUUAAGGCUGAAGAUAGAAAUUAUCUCUUGGUUGAAAACAUCCAUAAAAACUAGCAAUCAGAGUCAGAAAAGGCUAUUCAAAAAGAAAUUAGGAGGUUUAAAAUUUCGUAAGGCAUACCUUUAAACGAAGAUGAAGAUGAAUAAAAACAAGACGAAUAACUAAAAAAACAAGAUUAUGUAGAAUAUCAAAAAUAAUAACUUAAAAAAUAAUUUUAAAAGUAAUAAAUAUUGAAUGACCGUUAUGACGAUACUAAUCCUGAACGUUCCUCAAAUUUAGCUUAAGAUAUAUUAGAUAACUAUGUCAAGAUGAUUUAGCAAGAAAAAGAAUAAAUGACUAAACAAAGAUAACAAGAAAGUGAAUAUAACAGAAAUUAUUAAAACUAUAAAAAAUGA